AUGACAGACAGAUUUCAAAACGAGGUCAGUCAAUCAACGUCUCGUAUAAAUGAAGGAAAAGUGAAACGAAUUCUGACGAAUGAUCGUGGACGAAUAAAGUUCGAAGGUUGUGAUGAAGAAUUAGGGCUAAGGAAUUAUAUCCGUGUGAAUGAUGACGGUAACAAGGAAGGGCCUGGGUCCCUUGAUGAGGUCCUCAAGUCUUUGAUGACUGAAUGGGACCUUAAAACUCCUAAUCUUCUCAUUUCCGUGACAGGGGGAGCGAAAAGCUUUCAAGUGAAGACUCAACAGAGAACCGCGUUCAGGAGGGGUCUCAUCAAACUAGCUAGGACCACAGAUCCAUGGAUAAUCAGUGGCGGAAGCAACACCGGUAUCAUGAAGGAAGUUGGUGAAGCGGUGCGGGAUUUCAAUUUGACUGCAAACUGCGGUCAGUCAAUCGUUGCCAUAGGGAUAGCAACGUGGGGAGUUGUCCAAAAUCGUGAACACCUCAGAAACGGUCUUGGAAGUAAAAAUGAAAUUGAAAACACAAAUAAAGCGUCACCUGGUGUUGCUGAUUUUAACGAUCCGCCAAAAAGUUACAAACUUGAACGUGUUGCAAACAGAAACGAAACGUUCCUGAAUCCGAACCAUACUCAUUUUAUAUUAGUGGACGACGGUACCGAGCAUACGUUUGGGAAGGAGAUUACUUUUCGUGCCGAAAUAGAAAAUGCUGUUGCCAACUUGAAAACAGAUACAGGGAAAGAUGCUGUAUCCGUCCCUGUUGUACUGUUGGUAGUGGAAGGGGGACCAAAUACCAUAGAAACAGUACUGAAUGCCGUCUGUAAGAACACACCCACUGUCGUUGUCAAGGGUUCUGGAAAAGCUGCAGACAUAAUAGCAUAUGCUUAUGAACAGGCAAGGGAGAUAAUCGAACACGGAAAGGAGUCUGCGCGCGGCAGGCCAGUAUCGGUGUUUGACGGUCCUCUGAAGUCGAAGAUCCGGGCGAUGGUUGAAGAGGAGGCCUGGAUCAACGUUGUCAUCAAAGACGUCUGUAAAAAUGUCGAGAUGUGUGUGAAAGACAGAAAUUUGAUCACAGUGUUCGAUAUAACCGCUAUCACAUCUGAAAUGUCUCAGGGCAUCGACAUAGCAAUACUGAAGGCUCUCAUGAAAGUCAAAAGAGACAACUCGCUGAGUCAGCUGAAGCUUGCACUGUGUUGGAACAGAAUCGACAUCGCCAAUAGUGAGAUUAUGCGCGACAUGAGCCGACAGAGUCUGGAGACAGCCCUCGCGGACAAUGACAUGAUAAUGUCCGCUCUCGGACUCGAUAGAGUGGACUUCAUGGACCUCUUCCUGGACAACGGGGUGGACAUCAACGCAUUCUUGACCGCCAGACGUCUGAAGCAACUUUAUCAUCAGGUUUCCGCCAACAGUAUCCUGAGGACAAUUCUGAGAAAAUCGCAGAAAAACUUUGAUAUCAAUGCGGAUGAUUGUUUGGUGAAGGUGGGAGAACUGAUAAACAUACUGCUAGGAGAGUUUUACGAGGUUCUCGCGGUGUAUCAGAAACCGGAAGAGAGAAGGAGUUCACAGUCGUUGAAUCAGCAGAGUGACGCAACGUUUCCCAGACAAGAAAGUAGCAAUGGCGUCGAACACAAAGCAUGGGGAAAAUCUCAAAACCAAGUUUCGCAAAAUGAAAAUGAUUUUGCAUCAAAAACAAUUAUGGAUGGCAACGGUUUAGACAAGAAGGCAGUGUCUCCAAGUCAUUUCUUCCAGAACAAAAUAGAAGUAGACACUAAAGUUGUUUCUUCGACAAAAAAACCGUCUCCGCGUUUGCUCUCAAUGAAAUCUGCCGUUCGAAAUUUAGUUUCGGUGAAAGGAACAUUAGAGGAAAUUCACAAAUUUGAAAAUCCGAAUCUCCAUCUGUUUCUGUGGUGUGUUCUGACGAAUAGACAGGAAAUGGCGAAACUAUUUUGGAAAUACGGGAAGGACCACAUCGCCGCUGCGUUGGUUGCACACGGCCUGUUAAAACAAAUGUCUUCACUCAUCGGCGACAAGGAGUCCGAAAAGAUACUGAGACAGAACUCAGAUGAGUUUUGUCAACUUGCUGUGAACAUUUUAAACGAAUGUCAAGAAAAGGACGAAAAGAAAGCUACAGAUUUAUUGACACAACGAAUGGAGGAAUGGGGACACACAACGUGUGAGCAAAUCGCCAUGAAGACAGAUAAUAAACACUUCGUUGCCCAUGCUACAUUCCAGUCCCUUCUGAGCUCAAUGUGGAAGGGUGAAUUAUCUCCCCUGAAUGGAUUAACAUGGACCUUGGUGUGCAUCGUUCCUCUUCUCCAACCUCUCAUUUGGCGAAAAAUCAGAUUUAAAGUGGAUGAUCAAAGGGAACAAAUCCAGUCAAAACAAAUUAAAUGUGAAAACGCAGCGAUAGGAGAUAACUCCGUCAAGGAGCUAACAAAUGACUUGACAGAGGAGCUACCGAAAGUUUCAAAGUUAAAGAAGAUACAGCAUUUCUAUCAAGCGCCAGUUGUGAAAUUUGUCCAAAAUUUUGUGUCAUAUGUGUUCUUCUUGAUGUUGUUCAGCUAUGCGCUUCUGUCAAAAUUUGACAAUACUUUGACAGGAGUGGAGAUGACACUAUUUGUCUGGGUGUUUAGCCUGCUGGCCGAGGAAGCUAAUCAGUUUUUCUCAUCAAAAGGCAAUUACUUCCUCAACAAAUUGAAUGUUCUUGACCUGUUGCCGAUUGUGCUGUUCCUCGUUGGAGCCAUUUGCCUGGUAGGGUCUGGAAGUGUGCCGUUGGAAGUCGGGCGGAUCUUCUUCUCAUUCUCCUUCAUCGGGUUCUUCCUUCGACUGCUUGGGUUGUUCUCCGUGCACAAAGAUCUCGGUCCUAAACUUGUCAUGAUAACAAAAAUGUUUGUGGACCUGAUCUAUUUUCUGGCUAUCCUCAUGGUGUUUGUAGUGUCGUAUUCAAUUGCUGCCCAUUCAAUCCUGUAUCCAGUCUCCAGGUUUGACGGCGAUCUGCUCUUUAACCUUCUCCGUAUCCCCUACUGGAACCUUUAUGGGGAACUCAUUCUUGACGAGAUGGAAAUUAAAGAGCCGGAGUGCAGUUUUGACCCUUUGUUGUACGAAAACGACACCCUUCCCCGCUGUCCAACCCAGAUCGGCGGAUAUGUUGUACCGAUAUUGAUGGGCUUUUAUAUGAUGAUUGCCAAUAUUUUACUCCUUAACCUUCUCAUCGCAAUGUUCAGCAACACAUUUCAGAAAGUCCAGGAAAACUCGGACUUGUAUUGGUGCUUCCAAAGAUUUACUCUGAUUUACGACUACUCGUGUCGCCCGGUUCUACCCCCUCCCCUGAUCCUUGUCUGUCAUACUUGGAAGUUACUUAAUUGGUGUUACUGGAAAUACAGACAGGUCUGCAAAUGUGCCAGAACCUGCUGUAGAGAUUGUAGUUAUAAAGACACCACUAUAUUUGGUGACGUCUGUGAUAAGGAGGCGUCAUUGACACAGUGGGAGAAGAUAGUAGCCGAUGAGUAUCUCUAUCGAGUCUCACACACUACGACAGACACCGGAAGUGAUAAGACUAGGAAGAAAACUGCUGCUGAAGAAAAUACGUCAAACCAUGACACUAAAAUAGAUAUCAAGUUAGAUGCAUUACUUGCCAAACAAGAGGAAAUGUGUACAAACCAGAUGACGAAAACUACGAAUGAAGAAACAAAGACAGAAGAUUUUAUAAAAGUGAAAAAAUCCAAGCUACAUUUCCUAUCACGUGUUUGUGUGUAUCCUUCAACUGCCGUUGCCCGUUUCCCAGUACCCGAUAAUCUCGUAUCAUGGAAGACAAAAUACCAGGAUUACAAUCCGAAAGUUAUCGAUAAGAAUAACCCAGAAACGUCUGUCGCUGAGACAGACAUGAAGAAAGCAGAACCUAGCAGGUCGAUGCUUCUACAAUCGAGUAAAUCAUUAUCAUUUAACGAAUACGACCAGGAAUACACCGUGGACAGGCGGAGUGUUCUUGGGAAAUAUAAAGUUGUUGGCCGUAUUCCACGAAAUCCCAUCGGAAGGACUGGAGUAAUAGGGCGUGGUUGUCUUGCUGUUUGGGGACCAAACCACGAGAAAAGAUUAAUAAUUACAAGGUGGGCAGCCGACGCGGCUGGGAAACAAAUGCUACGAAAAGGAAAACGUCUUUUUCAGUUUCUUUCCUGGAAACGAGCAUUAGACGGUCAUUGGACUAUUUACCCGGAGCAUACCACUGAAACAAUAGACUCUUCGGCAGUAAAAGAGUUCAUUCCGAACGUGUCAGUGAAGCCAACGGAUAUUUUAGAUUCAAUAUUUCAGAAAAGUCAGGAGGUGUACCUAGGGUAUGUAGACAGCCCACUGAACACUGACAAUGCCUGGGUUGAAGUGACAAUUAAAACGUACAUGGAUGAAAACCAAAGCUUACAACAGUAUUCCUACCUCAACAACUUCAUCUUCAGGGAGGAUAAUUCUCUACAUGUAGCAGUAUGGAAAACAGCAUCUUCUCGAGACAUGAAUGGCACAGAACAAUAUCAGUGUCUUAAAAGCAUUGCCAAAAAUCUCCGGGCGUCAUUCUGA